AUGGCUAGGCAAACUACCAAAUAUGCCAAUUUGCUUUAUUAUGUUAGUUUAGCUCUUUUGCUACUCGGAUGUGUCGAAUAUUUUAAGUACUCCACGCGUACAAACUACGAAUGGUUUCACUGUACUCCUGUGAUGGAACCUGCAAACGAAUCGGGUAGCGUGAAAAAGCUCUAUGCAGUCGGAGGUCCAGCAUGCGAUAAAAGAGGAGAAUUUAAAUCUAUUUUUAACUUUAUUACUUCUAAUUACGAUCCUAAUGUUGAAUCUUAUUCGUUUUGUUUUGUCGAAAAUACGUCUUUGAAAUCCAUUCACUACCCAAUAUCAAACCACGACAAAGGCCCUGCUGGAUACUUAGCUUAUAUUGGUUACGAUAGUGAUAAAGAGCUCGUUCAGCAUUACUGUGAUGGAGCUGGUGCCACUGUGUUCCAUUUAUGA